AAUAGUGGCCUGUUUGUGAGUUUGGGAAGCAAUAAAGGAAAAAAAAAUGUCUCAUAUUGCAGUGGAGAGGAACAGGAGAAGGCAGAUGAAUGAACAUCUCAAGGUGCUGCGCUCGUUGACGCCGAAUUUUUACAUCAAAAGAGGAGACCAAGCAUCUAUUAUUGGAGGAGCCAUAGAGUUCAUCAAGGAGCUGCAAGAAGUUCUACAGUCGUUGGAGGCCAAGAAAAGAAGGAAGAGCUUAAGCCCUAGUCCAACUCCUAGCCCAAGGCCAUUAUUGCAAUUCACUCCCUCACCACCUUUGAGCAAUCCUUAUGACUCGGACGUCGUUAAGGAACUUGGGGCAUGCUGCAACUCACCAGUUGCAGAUGUGGAGGCAAAAAUCUCAGGUUCAAAUGUUCUUUUGCGAACCCUUUCCAAGCGCAUUCCCGGUCAAGUCAUCAAGAUAAUAGCUGUGUUAGAGAGAUUGGCCUUCGAAAUCCUCCAUCUCAACAUAAGCAGCAUGGAAGACACUGUACUCUACUCCUUUGUCAUUAAGAUUGGAUUUGACUGCCAACUUAGUGUGGAGGAAUUAGCUCACGAAGUCCAACAGAGCUUCUAUCAGGAUAUUACAUAUUAAAACAAAUGGUAUUUGUUUCGGUUGCAAAUAUGAAGAUCUAUAGGUGUGCUACAUAUAAAAUUGUUUAAUUUUGUGAAGUCAAGUCAAAAUCUGUAAUCGAUCUUAUCACUUAGACUCGUGAUAGCCGUAAAAAUUAAUAGUU